AUGGAGGAUUCGGGAGCGAUCCUCUGCCAGAUCUCUUCCCUCAAGGAUAUGCUCGAUCAGGUGAAUGAAGAAAUAGAGGCGAACAUUCAGAUUACACGCGAGAUAGAAGCGGAGAUCUUCAAGUGCUCAGAGAUCGAGAGCGCUUUGGCUGUUAGAGAAUCGGAGCUUACAAAGACGCUUUACGUUUCGCACUUUGAAAUCGAUGGAUUCGCCACCGUUACUGCACAUGCAAGGACCUCACUGAAUUCCUUGGAGAAGGAAUUGUGUUUUCUAAGAAUGGAACGGGACGAGACGCUAAAAAGAAUAAAUGGCAAGCGGGAAGGAUUUACCACUCUGUGCUUAGAAUUCCAGAAGGACACUCACAAAGGGAAAAACGAUGAACUGAGGCCUUUGUUGUUGGAGAAAGAGUUCCUUGAAAAUGAAAUCCAUCUGUUGGAUAAGAAAAAUAAUGGCAUGAAGAAUUCAAUGUUGGUAUUUGUGGAAGAAAUCCUUGAAGAACUUCACAAUGCUAACUCUGCUUUACAAGUUGAGAUAGCGGCUGCGAAAGAGGAGAAUGAGAAAUUGCUCGAGGAUAUUGAUUGCAUGAAGACACAGUUGCUUUCAACUCUCAUGAUUGAUGAUGAUCAUUGAACUACUAAUGCUAACCAAAGGCAUUCUAGCCUGAGAGCAUUUGGGAUGA